AUGCUUUACAAAACACAACUCUGCUCCUUCUACGCGAAGGGAAUUUGCGCUAGAGGAAAUAAGUGCAGCUGGGCUCAUGGUGAGUUGGACGUUAGACCCAUGCCAAAAUUUUACAAGACAAGAAUGUGCUAUACAUUUCUAUCAGGAAGUUAUUGCGAAGCGUCCAAGUGUACAUUUGCACACACAGAGGAAGAACUGCGAGGAUCUGGAAAGGCCCUUCGAUUAUGCACCAAGUACUUUUUGGAUGGAUACUGCGCCAAAGCAGACAAAUGUCCAAUGGCCCACAACAUAAACCAACUGGACCCCUCCGUGAAGUUCUCUAGUACUGAAUUAAUGAACAGAAUGUACAAUGAUGAAGUGGACGAUGAAGGAGAGGAGCCCAAUUUUUACCAACGGAAAUCGAAUAAGAAGAGGGACGAAAGUGGAAGCAACAAGGGAGACAAUUGCAGUGCUAACAUUAACGGAGGAGAUCCCCACAAAGUGCGAAACAAUAUAUACAACGUGAAGGACAAGGAGGAUAUUUCCCCUGAUGACAAUAGAAAUCGUUAUGCAGUAAUAAGCCAUUUAGAACAAGUGGAAAAGGAUGCACAGUGUUUCCACAGAAACACUUUUAAUUUUUUAAAAAAUCACGGGAAGAAGACGUACAGUGAGUAUCUGCUCGGGGAGAGUGGGGAGAUCGAGAGAGAUGCCCAAAAAAGCAGAGGCGCGAAGGGAAACAGCUUUUCCAAUAUGAAUUUUACCCCCAAUGGAGGGUUCGAUCAGAAUGAAGAUGUUGCAAAAGCCAGAGAGAGCGUAUCAUACAGAGAGUUCACCUAUGAUGCUAAUAGUUUUGGACGUGAAGGUGAAGGUGUGCCCGCGAAGUACUUUGCAUAUAGACUGAACGGCGUGGGCGCGAUGAACGGAGACCACCUAGGCAAAGCAAAUAUAUCCAGUGAGAACCAGGAAAAUGGAUUUUCCCCCACAGAAAAUGUGUUCCUCCCUAGUAGGGAUGAUUUUGUUUGCAAUUUUGGGACCAUGAACAAGUUGGAUAAAGGAAAUGUGCACUCGAGCAUGGGAUCAAACAUGGGAUCAAACAUGGGCUCAAAUAUCAUCCACAACAUGAACUCCAAUUUGAAAAUUGACAUGCUGAACGGAAUGGAGAGAUAUAAGAAUCUGAACUUACAGGCAGAAAACUAUUUUUUCAACAAUAUAAAAAAGAAGGAGUAUCCGGAGAAUUCCCUUUUCGACUCCAAUACGACUACAUAUGAACAGGUGAAGAAUGGAUCAAAUUUCUACAGCGACAAUAUGGCGUAUUUGAAUAGGACUAAGGAGAAUAUAGACAACUGUGAUGAUCUAGGAUUGCGUUUUAACUACAACGGUUGCCCUGCCGUUCAGGAGGAUGUUGGUCAUGGGAGCGGAUUUCACGAUGUGGCCAAUUCACAUAACGUGAAUGAUGCCGGUGAUUCGAUCUGCUUCAGCCAGGAAGACAGCUUUAACCGUUUCAGGCUUGAGACCCUGAUCCAGAAUAUGGACAACCUGAGUAUUGCCAAGAAGCAGAUGCCCACGUGCCCUCUAAUGGAAGAAAUAAAUGGGGAAGGAGCCUCUGACGAUCAGCCGAAGGAACUAAAAGACACCAAGGAGGGAGAAAUGACUUCCGAAGGAGAUAUCUACACCGGGGAAAAUAUCAACUCGGAGUAUAACCAUUCGCAUGAGGACUACCCCGAGGACAACAAAGCGGUCCUAAUAAAAUCGAAGGAUCUUCACUCUGAGGGAGAGCAAAUGUACAAAGGCGCCUCCUUAUCGAAAAAUAUAGCAAAUAAUGAAUUUAAAAAACUUAUUUUAAGUGACAAAAACACCAACCAUGGAAAAGAAGAAAAUGGCUACUAUGGGAAAUGCCACAGCGGAGUUGGGGUAAGUGCGACAAAUGGAGCAAAUGGAUUUGUUGGGGGAGGCAGGUAUGCCGACUUGACUUCGAAUGAACUAACCAACCUCUGCAACCCGAAGAACGUCCAAACGAAGAUGACCAAUUUGUACAGUCAUCAGAAUAAUGGAGCCCCAAACAAUAGCCUCGGAAAUGUUAGCAGCGCCCACGACCAAAGGAAGGACGCCCACUACAAGUUAAGUAACCUUUAUAGAAAACUAAAUUCGCAGAAGAACAUGACCGGAGUGAAGACUUCACAAAAGGAAAGUAGCAACUGCAACUUGCCCGAUGUGUUUAAUGACCAACACUACGCCAGUGCAAAUGUGUUUCCUUCACAAGGAGGAGUUGGAGAAAAAACUGAAAAUUAUGAUACUCAGGCAAAGAAGAAUUUUUUUAACUACAUAAAUAACUUCAUAGAGGGAGGUACGACUGCAAGUAGACCAAUAAAAAUGGACAAGGACAGAGUCAUCGAAAACGAGAUAGGUGCCCGUGUGACUGUAGAUAGUAUGUUCCUAACAAAUGGAAGUGAAAUCCCGCGUGGAAGUUGUGAUAGUCGUGAUAGUCUCGGUAAGGACACACUGAUGAAGAACAUUCUGAUGGGCAAGACAAACAUGUACUGCAGCCCCAAUUCCAAUGGCGUCAAUGAAGAUGAAGAAGGCAUAAAAAAUAGAAGCAGUUACAAUUCAAGGGAAAGGAAUAUCACGAAGGGUGAUUCAGAAGGGGAACUGAGCCGAACGGAGGAUCUACAAAAAAUGAUAAUGAACGGAUAUUCCAAUGGUAUUGGUAGCUAUAACAUGGGUGACUUUUUUUUCUUGAAAAAUGAUGGAGACCACCUAAAUGGCUUGACUCAUCCUCAUGGGGAAAAUAUUCCACAGGGUAUAACGGACAGUUUUGCAGAUAACAUGAAUUUGGUUGAUAUGGCUGAGGUGAACUACGGUAGUAUGAGUCCCUCCAAGGUGGGGUUCACUAGGCGAACACAAGAAAAAAACGUGGGUGCAGAAGGUGGCUUGCUGAAUGGGGGAAGCCAUAAUGGAGGGUGCGGACGAGGGACCCAAGGAGAGAACCAAAAUCAAGGCUAUCGCAAUGAUAAUUGUCAUGCGGAACACCCACAUGUAGGCAUGUACAGCUACGCCAACCAUCUGAUGGAAACACACACAAGCAACUCACCCCUGAACCAACACAUAGAUUCAUACGAAAAGGCCUACAAGAGUGAUGAGAGCUUCACCAACUAUGUGCACAACAGUGGUAGGGAAGUGGCAAAAAACAAUUUAGUGAUGAAAAAUGGGAGACGAGGAGAGAAUGAUGAGAACUUUUCAGACGGCAGUAUCCAGGAUAUUAAAAAAAAUACACGCAGUUACAACCCCCUGACGUAUAGGUUCAGCGGGCUCUGCGAAUGCUUAGCCAGAGGGGAGGAAGAAUUGGAGAACGCAGAGGAAUAUGAAGAAGUGGACGAGGAGAAAAGUUCUGAGGAGGAAAAAGUGGUGAAAGAGGAGCGGGAGGAGUAG